AUGCGUCUAGGUAAGAGUUUCCUGCACGGUGUUGAUCGCGCUGGUCGGCCCAUCUGUGUUGUCCGUGUGCGCUUGCAUAAGGCUGGUGAUCAGGAUAAUGAAGGGUUGGAGCGGUUUACUGUUUAUACCAUCGAGACUGCGCGUCUGUUGCUUGCGCCGCCGAUUGAGACUGCGACUAUUAUCUUUGAUAUGACGGACUUCGGUAUGGCCAACAUGGACUACGCCCCCGUGAAAUUCAUGAUCAAGUGCUUCGAAGCCAACUACCCCGAGUCUCUCGGAGCAGUGCUCAUCCACAAGGCUCCUUGGUUAUUCUCAAGCAUCUGGAGCGUGAUCAAGGGCUGGCUCGACCCAGUCGUCGCAGCGAAGAUUCACUUCACGAAGAACCGCCAGGAUCUCGAAAACUUCAUCCACCCAAGCCAGAUCAUGAAAGAGCUCGAAGGCGACGAAGACUGGGAAUACAAAUACGUCGAGGUGCCGGAGAAUGAGAAUCCCAAGAUGGCCGACAAGGAAACGCGGGAGACCCUGAUGGCCGAGCGCCAAAAGCUCGCCAAGGAGAUCCAGGAUACCACCGUUGAGUGGAUCCGCGCCAGCUUCAAGAAGGAGACUGACGCUGCCUCUGCGGCCGAGGAGAAGCGGAACAAAUUGAUCGAGCAGCUGCGUACGCAAUACUGGGUUCUUGACCCCUAUGUACGGGCUCGCUCGCUCUACGACAGACUUAAUGUCGUUCAGGGCGGUGGGAAGAUUAACUUCUAUCCUGAUUCGGAGAAGAAGGCAGAGAGCACAUCGGCAUAA